AUGCACAUCUUCGCACCGACAGUGUGGGCGUGCACGGCGGCAACAGUUGACCUGGAGGCGGUGCGACGAGCGUUGCAGGAUGACUCCUUCGCGCAAGCAAAGAUGGCAGAGGCGCACAGGGGCACGGCAGCGACCGACGAGUUCCAGCUGCGAGAUGGUUUGCUCAUCCGUAAAGGGGCCAUCUACGUGCCGGGAGACGAACUUCGCGCCAAGGUACUGCAGCAGCUGCACGACGCGCCCACUGCCGGGCACUUUGGCAAGGAGAAAACGGUGGAAUUAGUAGCCAGAGACUUCUGGUGGCCAGGAAUGAGAAGGGAAGUCGCGGACUACGUGGCGAGGUGUGACACCUGCCAGAGGGCCAAACCAGUGCACAGACCGCCGGCCGGACUGCUGGAACCGCUGCAAACUCCGUUCGAACCAUGGGAGAGAGUGGCCCUGGACUUUGUCACGGAUCUGCCCAGCUCGAGGGGCAAGACGGCUGUGCUGGUGGUGGUGGACUUGUUCUCCAAGAUGGCACAUUUCAUUCCGUGUGCGAAGGUGGCCACGGCGGAACAAACCGCCAAACUGUUCAUAGACCACGUGUUCAAGGUUCACGGUCUGCCGCGGUCUAUUCUGUCCGACCGAGGGCGACAGUUCAUCUCGAACUUCUGGCAGAGGCUGAUGGGCUUCCUGAACGUCAAGAUCAACCUGGCGUCGGCUAGACACCCGCAGACCAAUGGGCAAGCGGAGCGGGUCAAUGCCAUCAUGCAGCAGUACCUGAGAUGUUAUGCGAAUCAACAGCCUGCGACGUGGGUGGAUUACCUGCCUCUCGCCGAGUUCGCCUACAACAACACGAAGCACGUGUCCACGGGGGUCACGCCGUUCUUCGCCAACAACGGGAGGCACCCCAGAACCUUCCCGGGACUGGAAAGUUGCAGGAGGUCCACGAUCAGCUGCGGCGGCACCUGGAGCUGGCUAAACACGCAUACAAGGUACAAGCGGACAAACACAGAAGGGUUGGCGAAGAGAUCCAUGUGGGAGACUGGGUCUGGUUAGCAGCCCACGCAGUGCCGGCCAGGUCGUUGGCGAAGAAGAAACUAGGGCAUAAACAACUGGGGCCCUACCAAGUCGAAGAACAGGUCAACCCGGUGGCUUUCAGGCUGGCUCUUCCGGAGGGUUCCAGAAUGCAUCCGGUGUUCCACAGAUCGGUGCUCACUCCCUACAAGGCACCUCACAGGUUUCAGGAACCAGGAACGGCACCGGGUCCGCUCCGAGAGAGAACCGGGCAGGGGAGUGGCACGGGAGGAGCGCAUCAACGAAGUCACGGAGAUUUUGGACUCCAGAUGGGGGGAAGAGGGGGUAGAAUACCUUCUCGCCAAGGAGGGCACCCCGGCCAGUGCCAACAGCUGGGUGCCGGGCUACGCUUAGACGAACCUCUGCUCAAAGAAGAGUUUCAUGCCCUCUUCCCACAUAGGCCAAUGCCAGCAGACUUUUUCGACGACUGGCUUUUCACGCCCACGCUUUCAGCCAGCACGUUCCGGGGUUCGACUCGGACGAGGAACCGACACGAGACGCCCGUUCCCGGAGGGGUCACCCUCAGGAUCUGCUUCAGAACCCUCGUAUUGGUGGGAUGAUCGACCAGAGGAGCAGUUCCGUAGAAGGUGGCUGGAGGGUCCAGGACGAGCAACGUCUCCAGAAGGCAACGAGGGAGAGACGGACAUGGACCUUUUCGGGGACGACCCGGGUUUCGAGCACGGCGGCACAGAGAUGGAAGCGGAGGUGACCGUCGUCAACGAGAGCAGGGAGGAAGAACCGGAAGACUUCAGAUGGCGGCCCGCCACGGGAAGCGAACUGUAUCCGACAUUCGUCCCCUGACACGGCAGCACCCAGAUCCCGCACCGGAAGGAGGGGAGGGGGAAGAGGGGGCUUCGAGGGGGAUGGAUGUCAGGGGUUCAGGAGCAGAGGCAAGGGCAAGGGAGGAAACAGAGAGCGAGGGGAGGAGGCAGAAGAAAAGAUGAGUGAUGACGACGACCCGAGAUCUCCGAGUCUUUCCAGUGAAUCAGAAGAUUCACAGAAAGGAGCACCAGUGGCCAGGGCAAGGGGGAGCCUAGGGGACACCCCAGGAAGAUAGAGCCAGAGGGGACUCAGAGGGGAGCAGUUGGAAAUCGGGACCAGCGUCACCGCCAGAGAGCAGGGAAGAGGAAGGGCGCCAGGGAUCAAGCGCUGGCAACUCACAACAGGGGGGAGGGCACGAGUCAGGAGUGGCCACACCUCCAUCGGGGAGCGAAGAAACGGUCAGACGGAAGGUGGAAGGUUGGGCGCGCGCCAAGUUCAAAUGCACAGGAAGGUGGCGCAGUAGGCAGCCCGGAAAGGGAGCCAGGUCCUAAAGCCCGCCGAAAGGAGGGAGAAGAGUCAGGGGGGUCAGCGUCAGCGUCAGAGGAAUCCCGGAAGGAAGAGACCCCGGGGGGCAGAGGGACCCAGAGAAGAACAGUCAGGCGGAAAAGGUGGAGCAGGGCUAGGAUAUUAAGUUGGUGUACAAGGGGCGGAGACUCAGACGGAGCUUCGCCGAUCUAACCAUGAGACGUAGAGUUGCACGCAGCAGCUUGAGAAUGGAAACUGUAACUCAAUAAAGACUUUUGUUUAAUGAUCGCUGGCUAGCGUGAUCCUCUGUGAGCUAGGAUCUGGAAGCAGCUCUGACAACGUGCAUACUGAGUCUUUGGUUCCCUGCCUUUAUAAUUAGCUGCACCAACCGUUAAGAUCCAUGACUUACUGUAAAAAUAUCCAUUAAUCCUCACAACAUCUGCAUAAAAUAGGUUGAUAGCCAGUUUUAGAGGUGGAAAGGCCUAGUGUUUGUUUUGCAUCAGGAAAAGGCUGAAUUGGUUAAAAGUUAUUAUUUGUACGUGUUUAUUAAUUCCAAAAGUCUGUUUAGAAUUGUAUGCAUCUUCCAUGUAAACAUUAUGUGGCUCUUGGUCCAUUCUGAAGGGGACUGAGAAGCACAAACCAUUCCUCCAGUAAGAUAGAAACACUGCCCAUUGUGUUCUCUUUUUCUGCCUUCCUGUAGCGUGUAAAACAGUUCUGGUCCACUUAGCACCAUUCUCUACACGCAGGGACAGUGUGUCUCAGCAGGGAACAUUUAUGACCACUGACAGGCAAGCAACGUUACAGCAUACUUGCCGGCACACAACCGAUAUGCCAUGAUUUGUGAUGAUGCUUAAAUGGCACACAUCCAUCUCACAGCGAGGUAACCUUGGCCAGAGGGAUUGGCCUCGAUCAAACUGGACAACGGCAGCUUCUUUCAAAAGGCUGUAGAGUUAAGGCGCAGCUCACCAGCCGCUGCUCUCUACUCUACAAAAGAUUUCUGUGCUUCAUUUAUUUUGAAUGCUUCUGCAGCAGGGCAAAUCUCUCUGAAAUGUUGACUGUGCAGCCUGAUGAGAAGCCCAAUUUACAUAUUCUCAAUUUAAUCUAAAGUAGGUGCUAAUUGAUUACCGCUGAAUGCCAGCACACUCUGAUUAUCCAUUCAAGAUGCUGAGGGACAAGCUCCCUGGGAGAAGCGGCUUUGCAUUUUUGGUGUGGAUAAAAGAAUAUUUACCCUUUCUCCCAUAAUAUUAUAUGGGGAAUUUAAAUUAGCCAGGUUUGUACAUACUUCCCUGCACCAUUUUACUUCUGGUGAAAUUGACCACCACACAACUGAAACACAAUGAUGACCAAAGCAUGUUCUCCACACCCAGCUACAUAUCUGAGGUCAAGAAUCCCUCUAGGAUGAAUUCCCUCCCACUUAUUCCUACACCUGUGUUGCUAGGUUCUCCCAGAAGGCCAGACUGCAACUCACAGUCAAAUCCAGCAACACAGGAUCAUGCCAUGGGAUUUGCACUUUCAGGCCACCUCUGGACCAUACGUUGUAAAGCAGCUUCAUGCCACUUUAAGCAGUCAUGGUUUGGCAAAAAGAUGCCAAAUUUAGCAGCAGCAGAGUGACAAUAUAAUGCAGCAAUCCUGGGAAAUGUUUAAAUUGCAUCCUAUAUAAUCUAAAUUAUAGACGCCACCAACAAGGGCUGCAAGCCAAAAUGUCUAUGUUCUACCUCCAUUGUCAGAGGCAUUAUGGCUCUGAACACCAGCUGCUGGGAAUCUCAGGUAGGCAGAGUGCUGUUGGGAUCAUGUACAGCUUGAAGGCUUCCCAUAGGCAUCUGGUUGGCCACUGUGAGAACAGGAUGCUGGACUAGAUGGGUCACUGGCCUGAUCCACCAGGCUCGACUUCGAUCCUUAUAUACAGUGGUACCUCGGGUUAAGAACUUAACUCAUUCUGGAGGUCCAUUCUAAACCUGAAACUGUUCUUAACCUGAAGCACCACUUUAGCUAAUGGGGCCUCCUGCUGCCGACGCGCCGCCAUCAUGCGAUUUCUGAAGCAAAGUUCUUAACCCGAGGUACUAUUUCUGGGUUAGCGGAGUCUGUAACCUGAAGCAUAUAUAACCCGAGGUACCACUGUAUAUCUAAUCUGGAUGUGGAAACCAAUGGGAUCUUAUUUGAGUAAGUCAUUGUGAAGGGGAGGGGGAAGGAAAUGCCAUAAAACUGCUCUUUCAAAAACGCUUCUUACAAAGUUGUUUGAGCACACUUCAUUGGACAAUUUACUGCCAUGGAAAGCAUAUAUUUCAAGCUGAAUACCAAAGGUUGCAAAUGUUGGGUGCAUCAUUAGCAUUAAGGGUAUGUGUGUGAUGCAUGCAUGAAUGCAGGUAAAUGCAUCUGAGUGGUAUGUCUAUAUGGGCAAUGGGGAACAAGUAAAGGUACUGCAAAGCACACCUACAAACUAUUCUAGGAAUGUUCACAAUUCUCUAUUAGUAUAUAAAUAAUCAGAAAGUGGCCAAGACCUUUCUCUGCCCAAGGCAAAGAUGGCACACACACAUAUAUAUACAGGUCUGCUAUCAGAAGCCAACUGAAUGUGACUUUGACACUGGUGAUGGUACAGUGUCACCCAUCCACCAUUGCUGAAGGCAGUAGGCAAACUGUGUGUGUGCGCGCACGCGCAAAGCUGACUUCAUGGUGUACGCAGCUUUUUCACCCAACGCCCUGCCAUUGCUCCCUUCCUUUGGCGCAUUAGGCACUGCAAAUUUGGCCCUGUAAAGAAUGUUUUCUGCUCAAUGACUACAAGAAUCUGGGUGCUAUUGGUUGGAAAGUUCCCUCCAUCCAGCCCCUUACAUUUAAGGCAGGCUGAAGUCCUUCUCUUGACUGGGGUGGGGAGUGCCACUUGGCCUGCAAAGCAGCUAUUGAGCAGUUGGUCUGAAAUCGAGAGGAACGACCGAAAGUCAAAGCUGCAUUUGCUCGCUGCUUUUGUUUAGGUUUUAAUGGCAGCCAACUUCUAAAGAGCCGUGUGAGUGUGGCUCAUGGUGGGGUUUAACACAAAGGCUGCGGUGAAGGUUCUCUCCCCCAACCCUCCUCCAGAUCAUGCUCAGCAUGCGGGGAGUUCUUUCCCCAAUCAAAGUGGCUUUGGGUUUAAGUCCCUUCAUGCGAGCGGCUUUUCUCUGCGUUUGUACUCCCCAUGUGGCUUACACCAGCAUCGCGCACUGCAGCUUUUCCAAUUCAUCAUUCGCUGCAUGAGCUGUCUGCGUUCAGGCGGCGGCGAAGGGGACAGCGCGGAUGACACAGCCAGCUCAGUUCAGCCGGCACUGUGAAAAAGCAUUUGAUUUUUCUUUAGAGGAGUUAAUGUGUGUAAAUCCCCACUAAAUUGCUCAGCUUCUUGUUACGUGUGGUGUCUUUGAUACCCAUAAGAAGUGAGACAGAGACGAUGCCUUCAAGUACAUUUCCCCUGGGCUAGUGCAGCUGCUUUGAGAAUUACAGAUACAAAAUAGGUAUGCACGUACCGUUUCGUUUGUCAAACGGCUGUUGUCGAAAGGGGUGCUUGGAAAAAGAGGAGGGGGAAAAGUCGCACAGAGUGCUCCACCGGGCUGGCAAAGUUACCCUGUUACGCUGAUCUCUUUGUCAAGUUCGCAGAAUUCGUUGGCUGCCUGGUGAAGAGUGUUGUGCAGCCGGGAAGCUUGCACACUCAUUUAGCCACCUUGGCUUAGCUGGACACACAGUGCAGCAGUAGCAGUUGGUAUUCAGUUGCUGGCCGCAUCCAGACAAUUGGGGGGCAUUUAAAGCAUCUCCUUGGAUAGCACAGCUGGUUAGAGCGUGGUGCUGAUAACACCAAGAGUGCAGGUUUGAUUCCCAUGUGUAAUAGCUGCAUAUUUCUGCAUUGCAGGGGGUUGGACUAGAUUAUGCUCAGGGCCCCUUCCAACUCUACCAUUCUACAAUUCUAUUGAGUAUAUGAGAAACUCAAAACUAGCCAUAAGGAAGCUUUGUGAGCUGAGCCAAAGGGAAAGGGAAAGGGGUGAUAGGUGAAGGCAGGAAUGUUGCAGCAAGACCUCUUGAAGUGUUGGCUCUAGCAGGGGUCAGAGGCAGGGGUGGCUUUUGCCAUUUGGUAGCAAAAUGUCUGGGAUGACUUCACAAGCUACAAGACCAUAAGACAGCAAUGCAUUUUCAGGAAGCAUUCCCUCACACAGAAUUAGCUUAAUUUAACUUCUGGGAUGCCAACAUAUAGCCAAAUCUGAUUGCUUUUGUUCCUAGAAGUGGGGGACCUAACUUUCAAAAAAUGGUGCUAGGAUAACAGCUGAUGAACACCACAAAGAUACACUAAACUCAAUAUUCCAGGUCCAUCCAAAGUACCUUUUCACACACAGUUUGAUUUCUGACGCUAAUCCAUUUCCACACACACACACCAGAGCGCCAGAAUUUUACUUGGGAGUCCAAGGCAAGCCCCACUGCCUAUAUUAUUUGGUAGGUUUUAAAGAGAAGGAUAGAAGUCCAAAAAACUGAGGUUUCUGGCAGGUCAAAUUUCAUCUGCAUAAAUGCAUUGUUUAAAUUGUCAUUGUUACUCACUCUGCACAACCCUGCUCAGGAACUACUCAUUGUGAUAUUUUUGGGGUGGGUGGGUGUUUAGAUCCUCAUAAUAAUUUAACAAAUAGUUUUAAAAUAUCCCCACCCACCCUGGUCAAAUGUUUAAAGGACAUGUUUGAUUCUGGGAAAUGUUCUGAUGGAGAAAUUGCAAAGGAAUAAUUGCCACUAGCUCUGACAGUUGGAUGUGCACAUCAUGCAAUGCUGUUCUGUAAAUGGAGCACACCCAAUUAUUUGUGUGCUCUUUCUUAUUUCUGGUAGGAUGCAGUAUAUGGAAACUGGCUUGAGAAUCUGUAAAGGGGGAGGGAAUGAAGGUUUUGGCCAAUGGAAGACUCAUUUAUUCUAUUUUGUUCUUAAAUCAACUUUUUCCAUUGUUCUUUUGGAGAUAUUUGAAAAUUGCAGCUCAGUGGUCUAAAAAUUGAUGGGGGGAGGGGAUGCCACCAGCAUUUAAUUACUUGUAGGUCUCUAGAACACUAACGGCAUCUUCCUUCCUCAAUAUAUAUGCUGGUAAUUAGCUUCUAGAGCACAUGCAUGAAGGUAGAUACAUGCUUUGGACCCUGUGUGAGAGCUAUAAUUCUUCCAAAUUGAUGUGUCAAAGGAAGUAAAACUCAAUCUUUUUUCCUGCAGUGUAUAUUUUACAGUCAAGGGACCUUCACUAAUCAGAAUAAAGCAAUUUAGAUCCCUGUCAUUGUGCACUGAAAACGUAUGAGGAGGCUGGCAUAUGUGGCUUUCUAGAUUUAUCAGUGCCUCCCAUCUUGUAUGUGCAUGAGAAAUUCAGAGCUGAGGGUAUGAGAAAAGAGCAUUUAUCCAAGAAACCAAUAUCACUGCAUUUCCCUCCCACCCCUGCCAGUCACAUAAACAUUUUAUUUAUUGUCACUAUCCCAAGUUCCAGUUUAAAAACACACACACACAGAGAGAGAGAGAGAGAGAGAGAGAGAGAGAGAGAGAGAGAUGUAUUGGACAUCCCUUUUGCUAAGCAUAUGACUGGCUAAUGGCCUAGAUAUGUGGUUAAUGCCUUCUCCAUAUCUCUCUUGAGGAUUAACCAUCAGAGCAAUGAGAGGGUGAUCCCUCCUCUCACAGCUAAAGAGAUGAAUUAAGGCAGAAGAAGAUAGACUUUAGGCGGUGGCAGACUUUGGGCUUUAAAAUUUCAGCGGCCCCCUGUGUGAUGCCUAAAUUCAAAGCCCCCCACUACUAUCUUUCACCUUCUGUUGUUUGGCUCAGCACCCAGUGUGGUUGAGCCAGUCGCACUCCCCAAAAUCUGCCUCUGCUUCAGGUUUGUGUGAUCCACUUUGGCUAGAAUGCUGAUCCCCACAAACCGUGGGGAGUGUCAAAGGUCAGCAGCGCAAUGCUAUGGUUGUGCAAAAGUGUUCUUAGGGGCAGGCCUAGGGCACACAAGCAAUUACAGUGGUACCUCGGGUUACAGAUGCUUCAGGUUACAGAUGCUUCAGGUUACAAACUCCACUAACCCAGAAAUAUUACCUCAGGUUAAGAACGUUGCUUCAGGAUGAGAAAAGAAAUGGGGGGGCGGCAGCAGCAGCAGGAGGCCCCAUUAGCUAAAGUGGUACCUCGAGUUAAGAACAGUUUCAGGUUAAGAACGGACCUCCAGAACGAAUUAAGUUCCUAACCCGAGGCACCACUGUAAGUCGUUAGCAGGUCCUGGACAGGGCAGGAUUUAGGUCUGACGAGUCCCUAAGCUACUGAAGGUAAUGGGGCCUUUGCCAACAACAAAUUGUCACUUUUUUGUGUUGAAUAUAUGCUAUAUGGUAAUUUAUGGACCUAAUAGGUAUCUAAAGCCAUUUGCACAUAACAAAAUAUGUAUUUUAUCAAAGUAAUUGUUGCACUGAAAUACAAUUUGUUGUUGUUGUUUAGUCAUUUAGUUGUGUCCAACUCUUCGUGACCCCAUGGACCAGAGCAUGCCAGGCACCCCUGUCUUCCACUGCCUCCCGCAGUUUGGUCAGACUCAUGUUUGUAGCUUCGAGAACGCUGUCCAACCAUCUCGUCCUCCGUCGUCCCCUUCUGUGUGUGCCCUCCAUCUUUCCCAACAUCAGGGUCUUUUCCAGGGAGUCUUCUCUUCUCAUGAGGUGGCCAAAGUAUUGGAGCCUCAGCUUAUAUAUUAAUAGUUAAAUAAUUAUUAAGCUCUUACUUAAAAUGGUUGGGGGCCCAUUACUUACAUCAUAGGAGCCCACACAACACAAAACACUGUUGCUGUAUGUAGGUUUUAUUUUAUUUGUUUUUUAUCUUAUAUUUUGGAAAUGUACAUCCAGUUGUUUUUUUCCUUUAAAUUUUUUGGGGGGGCCCAAGAGAGUGGGGCCCUAAGCUAUAGCUUGUUUAGCUUAUACGUAAAUCCGGCACUGGUCUUGGAUGGCAUGAUGAGUCGCUGCUUACCAGGAGGGGGAGAAGCAAGGUGGAAAGGGAGAGCAGCAUAGUGCAAAUGCACCAGCACAGCUGAUCCAGUGCUCCUGCCAAUGUGUUUGCACUGCGAUGCCCUACCUGCCAUCUCACCUUUCCCCAUUCUGGUAAACAGCAGCAACUCUUCUUCUAGGAGGUCUCUGCUCUGUCAUGCCAUCCACCACUGUCUACCGCUUUCCCCACAGACACAUCUAUAUGUAUAAAUUAGCAUAUGCAAAUCUGCGUCAUGGGCCUGUGCCCCAAGUCCUCUGAGCACCUAGCAACUUACCAUUGUGUGAUUGCCUUUUGUCUCAAACUGAGAUUAUCAUUGCCCAUAUAUUAAAGUAGAGCAUGGGAUUUAAUAACGUCUCACAAAGGGUGUCGCUCUUAUGGAAAACAACACGUUUUAUCUCUGCUUCCACUUUCUAAAGCUGUUAAUAUAUUACAUACCUGGUUUCCCCCACCCUUAAUAUCUAACUAGCUCUCUGGGUGGGACAUACUAAGAAUAGUCUCAGAUGAGCAGUUUUAAUAUAAAAAAGUGGGGAAAGCAUAAUUUGGUCAUGGAUAAAAAGCUUUGGAAAGAAAGCAGGCUGGGCUUUUGUGGGGCAUGAACCGAUCAGGAGGCUUCUCUAUCUCUAAUUAAAAAGCCCACAUUGUUCUCUUAUCAACCUUUUUGCCUCCAUAUUAUCUCAGGAGCACCUGACAAUCUCCAAGGGCAAUCUGAUUAUGUUAUACUUUCCUCACAUACAGAAGACUUAGCUGUGGAGUUUAAUGCUGCCAGUGCUAUUCACAUAGUCAAGCUGCAAAAUUCUACCCCUGGAUGAUCUCUAAAUCUAGUGACACCCUAUGAUUGCGUUCAUAUCCUGCUCUUCCUACAAGGAGGUGAAGAUGGCAAGCAUGAUGCUUCUUCCCACCCUCACCCCCCACUCCAUUUCAUACACAUAAUGCUCCUGCGAGGUAGAAUAAGCUGAGAGCAGCACUCUAGCCACUAUGCCACCCUGCCACCCCUACCUGGAGAGGCUGGGGAUUGAACCUGUGACCUUUUGCAUGCACAGCACAUGUGCUACCACUGAGCGACAGCCCCUCCCAUUGUCGUACCCAGCAGCUGAAGGGCACUGGAAGUGGAGUAGCCCCCAAAACGGUGAAAACACUGUUCCAAGGCUACAAGAAGUAUUAAAAGAUGCUUCAUCCCUUGUGGAGCAGAUAUCUCAAGGAUGGCAUGUCCUCAAAUCCAGUGCUGAUUGCAAUGAAGUAUUCACACCCGUGAUGGCUCCAAUCAGCCAUUCAAUCCUCUCUGGGUUACAUGGGUCAUUGGCAGAUUGCUUGCACAUAUUCAGCUGGUCCAGAAAUUUGUGCCAGCUGCUGGCAGUCCCCACAACUGCUUAGGCUGAGUUUGUGUGAGGUGCCAGAUGCCAUCUGCUUCUUGGAGGAAAGGAUGGCAUCGGACAAGUCUGGAUUGGUGCUUCCUUUCUUCCAGGUAAUUCUCGCAUUACCGUACAAAAUUUAAGAAUGAAAUCUCGGUGUGGAGAGAGAGGGGCAUAUAUUUGGGAGAGGAGAAUUCUGGCCUGUCAGCAUGGAGCCACAGGCUAGGUAGCUGGGAGCUGGCAUUCUUUCUAGUUAUUUAUAAAAUUAGCGGCUGUGGAAAUUAACUCUAGCAGUUGUAGACCUAUUACUGUUAGUUUUAUCAUCAUCCUAAAACAUCUCCCGAGGCAAUCCCUGGAAAUUGGAUUCUAUUGUACAUUGCAAUAAAUCCAUAAUUGAUUAUGCUAUGGAGCUUUAGUGCGGAUUCAGGAACUGGAUCCAAAAAGUAAAUAAUACAUUCAAAAUUUUGCUAGAAGGCUAAAUUUAAAACUUAUUUACUGAACCUUUUGGGAUUAUCCCCCCUCCCCAGCUGCACCAGCUAAUGACAACAGCCCCAUCCUCAAAGUGAUGCCUCAUCAGAAGCCUAUUGAACUGAAUGGCAGUUGCACAGGUACAGCUCUCCGGGGAGAGGAGACCAAAUUUGAUGUAGCUGCGCUGAAAGGUGCAGCAUAUAUUGCUCACUUUGGCCUCCUCUAUAAAGGUUUAUCCAAUACAUUGCACACACAAGUCUGUGAAGAUAAAAUUCAACUGCAUUAUUACAUUAUGAGGAAAAUAUACGCCAUGGAGGCCUUCCACAAAUAA